AUGAUAACUCAUGGAUCUACUUACUCACUAUUGAGGAAACUUAAACUUUUGGAUGAGCCCUCGUAUAAGCUUACAAGGGACGAUAACCUUCAAAUAAUUAGACGUGAUUUGCAAAAACACAUUAAAAAAGCAUACGAGCAUAACAGAGAUCGUUAUAAUUUGAGAACCAGACCCCAAACAUAUAAAAUAGGUCAAGAAGUAUGGAGAAGAAAUUAUGUGCAAAGCAACUUCGAAAAACGCUUUAAUGCGAAAUUUGCCCCUAUGUUUGUUAAGGCCAAAGUACGUGAAAAGCUUGGAAAUCACUAUUACAAACUCGAAGAUAUGGAAGGCAAACUUAUCGGCACAUUUCAUUCUAAAGAUCUUAAAUUAUAA